AUGCCAGUGGGACUAAAAAAUUUAAAAAGCCUACAAACACUACCUGAAUUUGUUGUGGCAAAAGAUACCGGAUCUAAGGUAGGAGACUUGAUGAACUUGAAGUUUCUUCGCAAAACACUUUGCAUUUCAGGCUUAGAGAAUGUGCUUAAUGUUGAGGAUGCUAGAAAGGCUGAUUUAAAUGGUAAGAACUUAGAUGUAUUGGUUAUGAAAUGGGGGUCUGUGCUUAAUGAUUUACUAGAUGCAAGAGUUGCAAUAGAUGUUCUUGACAUGUUACAACCUCCAAUAACGGUAAAAGAACUUUCCAUUAAGGGUUAUGUUGGUGCAAAAUUUCCAACUUGGUUAGGAGAUCCUUUAUUUUCUAAAUUGGUGCUCCUUAAGAUGAAUAGUUGUGAAAAAUGCACAUCAUUGCCUGCGAUUGGACAAUUACCCUCCCUAAAGGAUCUUGUCAUUAUAGGAAUGGCUGGGGUGAGAAGUGUUGGUUCAGAGUUUUAUGGGGAUGGUUUCUUUAAUCCUUUUAGAUCUUUAGUUAGACUUUGCUUUGAGGAUAUGCAAGAAUGGCAAGACUGGAUUCCUUGUGGAGUUGAGCAUGAAGAAUUCCCUUGCUUGCAUGAGCUUUCUAUCAUUAAAUGCCCCAAAUUGCAAGGAAAAUUGCCCCACCAUCUCCCAUCAUUGGAAAAAAUUUCUAUUCGUAAAUGUGAGCAGUUGGUUGUUUCGAUUCCAAACUUUCCAAUGCUUCAUGAGGUAGAAAUCGUCGGAUGCAAAGAGGUGAUAAGCAAAAGUCCCGUUGAGUUAAGCUCACUGAAGUCCAUGGUUCUUUCUAUUUCAGAUUUGACGAGUUUGACAGAGGAAUUCAUGCAAGGAUCAACAAAGUUUCCUGCUGCCUUGAAAAACCUUUUUGUAUACAAAUGUCCAGAGCUGGAGUCAGUAACAAAAGAGUUACAAAAUGAUGCCUCUCUUGAACACUUCCAAAUUUGUCAUUGUGAAAAGCUUAAGUCCUUACUUGAGGGCCUACACAGACUCUGCCACCUCUAUGUGAUCAAGAUAUGGGACUGUUCUAGUCUUGUUUCCUUCCCGGAUGGAGGUCUCCUCCCAACCAGCCUGAGAAAGCUUUCAAUCGAAAACUGCGAGAAACUUGAGGCCUUGCCUAACUGCUUGCCCAACCUCUCUGCUCUUGAAAUGUUGUAUAUCAAAGAUUGUCCUAAACUUGAAUACCUCCCAGAGAACGGUCUGCCUCCUUCACUUUUGAAACUUUAUAUUUAUAGGUGUCCUCUACUGGAACAGCACUGCAAGAAAGGCAAAGGUCGAGAGUGGUUCAAAAUUGCCAACAUCCCUCGUGUUGAGAUUGAUUGGAGGUCUGUCUAUGAGGUGGAGGAGGAGCAAGAAUAA